AGCGCAGCAGCAGCAGUGCCUGAUGGGCGUUGUGGUUUCCAGCAAGGCUUACACGCAGAAAUCCCAGGGGGGUCCUCGGAUGGUGAGCAUGUGCAGAAGAGGCCAGGAUACAGCCUUGUGUACGCCGAGCUAGCCGCCGCGCGCCCCCGCCCGCAGGAUAAUCUCGCCUUCGCCGUGCCAUGCCUCUGCAUGGGUUGCAGCCGCUGAGAAGGAUCCGAGGAGGCGGCGGAAAAGGAGCCUGCCCGCCUUUCUGAUCUGCCCUCCGAUGUUUUCUUGCUUCUGCUUCAGCAUCCAGGACCAUUCCUUCAGCAGCUCGGCUCUGCCAGAGUGUGGCGAGGAUACAGAGUCUGUACAUGAAGACCAAACAGCCAGUUCCCUUCACAGAGAUGAAAACAAGGAAAACCACCCAGACAAAGCUAUAGUCUUAGAGGAAAACCAGGCAGUGUUCCAAGAUACCCAGACACCCUGUGAUGGCACAUUGAGGGUUGGAAUGGGGAACUUAAAAUCCAGAAAGCCCACAUCCAUUUCAAAACCAGAAAAUGGGAAAAAGCGUGAAGAAAGUCAGGAGAUGGGAAAUGCAUUGCCGUGGCUCUCCGACUGUCAGAGGAAAACGGGAACGCCGGCUAAUGAUUACACCGAGAACGUGGCAUUCAGAUACCAGGAAACUGUCAUCAAGUUUCAACCGAGGACAGAUCAGAGUGCAUUUAUUUCACCAAAGGAUGGCACUGAACAUUUCCAGAACUUCAGUGAGGAAGAAACACCACAGCUGCCGGCUUCAAGAGACCCAGUUCCUUCAUCGAUCCCAACCAGCAGUGUGCAAGUUGAUGGGGAGAGUUGUGGAGAGCCUGCACAAGUCUACAAAGAGGGCCAGGCAGAUGCAGACAAUGGACAUGAAGACCACCAUUCCUUAGGGACCAGCAGGCUGCUGUAUCACAUUACUGAUGGAGAUAAUCCUCUGCUGUCUCCUCGCUGCUCUAUUUUUAGCCAAAGCCAGAGAUUUAAUUUAGACCCUGAAUCAGCUCCUUCUCCACCAAGUGCUCAACUGUUCAUGAUGGCCAGAAGUUCUUCCAGAGGUAGCUGCGAUGACGCCAAAGAGCCGCAGACGAUAGCACAACUCACAAAGCACCUGCAAAGUCUUAAGAGGAAAAUUAGGAAAUAUGAAGAAAGGUUUGAGCAAGAGAAUUAUCGGCAUUCUCACGCUGACAAAAUAUCGAAUCCCGAAGUAAUGAAAUGGAUGAACGACUUGGCCCAAAAGUCGAAAACAGCUUAAGAGCUGAAACUCAAAAUGUCAGAAGAACAAAGCUGCCCCCUCAAAGCAACUCAAAGGAACCUUCAUCAGGAGAGCUCCAAAGAGACUGUGAAGCAGGACACAGCAGGAGCUCCCCCGAGCCCCUCCGUAGAAGAAACCAUGGACGCCGUGAUGAAACGGCUGAACGAGAAGCGGCAGCAGCUCCAUAUCCCCGAGAACGUUAAGGGAAACAAGCAAGAUAGGAGUCUGAUGAAGCCCCUUUAUGAAAGAUACAGAAUUAUCAAGCAGCUUCUGUCGACGCCAUCUUUGAUCACAACCAUUCAGGAGGAGGAAGAUUCUGAUGAAGAUCACUCCCAGAGCAGCUAUGAGUUGUCCUCUGCCACGUCCCUCCAUUUGCCUUCUGACGAACAUCUCUGUCAUUCAGACGAGGAGAAUGAGCCCGCCUUUGUGUCACCCCUGGAUGAAAAGAAAGCAGUCAAACAGCCUGCCCUGUCAAUGUCCAACUUGCACGAGGCCACAAUGCCUGUGCUGCUGGAACAUCUCCGAGAAACGAGAGCUGAUAAGAAAAGGCUAAGGAAAAUGUUACGAGAAUUUGAGGACCAGUUCUUUAAGCAAACAGGAAGGACUCCCCAAAAGGAGGACCGCAUCCCCAUGUCAGAGGAGUACUUGGAAUACAAGCACAUCAAAGCCAAGCUCAGGCUGCUGGAGGUCCUCAUCAGCAAGCACGAUGUCUCCAAAACCAUCUGAAGUCCAGUGGUUUGCAAUAGUAAAACUCCUUGGUCUGGGAAAAGGAGAGAGAGAGAGAGAAGGAUUGCACAGGUCUGGCUCUUCCUGCACAAUGGCUUUGACACCUUGAAAUUCUGAUGCACUUUAUUUAUGUUCUAUCGCUGCAGGUGAGCAAGAGAGUGAGAGAAAGGGGUGUGAGAAUGCAGGAAGGAGGAGUGAUUGCAUGGGAGGGCUAACACUUAACUGUGAGUCGUCUCUUGUUUCUGGAGCUGUUUUUCACUCGGGCAAGUUUCCCCUCGCUUUAGCCAAAAGGAGGUACUAUAAUCAUAUAUGCACAUUCAGGAAGCCGGGUUGGCGGAACUUCCUGUUUCACUUCAAAGCUCCACUGUGACGUGUUUCCAGGCAGGUGGUGCUAAUUCAACAGCACUCAAAGGUAUGGAAGGGCAGUCCAAUCAUCCAAACAGGCUCACCCAGGUUUUUAUUUUGUCUCUUCCCACUUGGGCAGCAUAGGACUAGAGAAAAAAGAGGCACAUCAAUGUCUCUUGAGCCGCCCAUCAGGUAAACUUGGAACACAAUUCUAGGUAGGCGAUUCUCCUAAACCUACUCAGUCAGAAUUAUGAAGUGUCCUCCACAAUCUGAUAGGCCUCUUUUAUUUGUGUAUUCCAGUGCGUAGCCUGGGCAGCUUUUGUAUCCCAGGAUUCACUGGGAGGGCCAGAUUGAAAACCAUCCCUAAUCUUGGGAGGAGAGAUGCACCAGUAAAGAACCUCUUUUCUGCCUGGUUGGCUAGGUAAAAAAGUACAGGUCACAGAGAAACUGUAGUUUUCCAUCUUGGGUGAGGAUAAUGAAGGAAGGAAGGAAAGCAGCACACCCCUGCAGAUAAAACUUGACCAACAACCCCCAGGAAUGUGAGCAGCUGUCUUUGCUGGUUCAGUGUGCUCUAGAGGACCCUGUUUGUCCAAACGCAACCAUCAGUAAUGUCAAGAAUCUGACUUUCUCCGUAGAUCAAAUACUUGUGCAGGAGGGGACAUUUUUGAGAAUUUAAUAGGCACCCAAGAUGCAAGUCUUAAUCCAUCCUGCGUUAGGGGGUUCCUGAUGCUCUUGUUUCCCCUCCAAUAAUUAACAGAUAAGGACCACCUAAAUCUACCAGCUUGGCAGAGACACUUCUCACUUGAUAUAUAUGCCACCCCUCCUGAAGUGGCGGAGCCUGGGUGAAAGUGCAGGGCAAAAUAGCUCCUGCAGGAUAAAGAGAGAAUGAAGGAUGGCUCCGAUAUAGGCAGCAACCUAUGUUUGUGGAAUGUACAUGGAUUGGACUGCAUGGAAAGCACCACUGGUUCCUGCAUCAUCCAGGCUGUAUUUAGGGUAGGUAGAAAUUCUACUUUUCAGGUCCAGGAAAUGUGGGAAGAAUUAUGACACGAAGGAAGAGCCUCAGAUACCUAGUUCAGAUACCAAAUUGGCAGGCAGAAUUUUGGAGAGGGUUUCACACUUGGGGGGAUGGGGGUAUUAUGGGUUUGAGGCAGGAAUAGGAGAUGAUGUGGUCUGAAUCAAGGGUAGCCAGCACCGGACCUUCCAGAUGUUUUGGAGUACAGUUCCCACCUGUUAGCCUUGCUGGCUGGGGCUGAUGGGAGUUGGAGACCAA